AUGCUGAUUUCCCCACAACAAGAACAAAAAGAACAAGAACAUCCGGGUGGUUCACAAGAGCAUCCGGGUGGUUCACAAGAGCAUCCGGGUGGUUCACAAGAGCAUCCGGGUGGUUCACAAGAGCAUCCGGGUGGUUCACAAGAGCAUCCGGGUGGUUCACAAGAGCAUCCGGGUGGUUCACAAGAGCAUCCGGGUGGUUCACAAGAGCAUCCGGGUGGUUCACAAGAACAUCCAGGUGAUUCACAAGAACAUCCGGGUGGUUCACAAGAACAUCCAGGUGAUUCACAAGAACAUCCAGGUGGUUCACAAGAGCAUCCAGGUGGUUCACAAGAACAUCCAGGUGGUUCACAAGAGCAUCUGGGUGGUUCACAAGAGCAUCCGGGUGGUUCACAAGAACAUCCGGGUGAUUCACAAGAACUUCCAGGUGGUUCACAAGAACAUCCAGGUGGUUCACAAGAACAUCCGGGUGGUUCACAAGAGCAUCCGGGUGGUUCACAAGAACAUCCGGGUGGUUCACAAGAACAACAACAACAACUUCCGGGGGGUUCACAAGAACAUCCGGGUGGUUCACAAGAACAACAACAACACGAACAUCCGGGUGAUUCACAAGAACAUCCAGGUGGUUCACACGAACAUCCGGGUGGUUCACAAGAACAUCUGGGUGGUUCACAAGAACAUCCGGGUGGUUCACAAGAACAUCCGGGUGGUUCACUAGAACAACAACAACACGAACAUCCGGGUGAUUCACAAGAACAUCCGGGUGGUUCACACGAACAUCCGGGUGGUUCACAAGAACAUCCGGGUGAUUCACAAGAACAUCCGGGUGGUUCACAAGAACAUCCGGGUGGUUCACAAGAACAUCCGGGUGGUUCACAAGAACAUCCGGGUGGUUCACAAGAACAUCCGGGUGGUUCACAAGAACAACAACAACACGAACAUCCAGGUGGUUCACAAGAACAUCCGGAUGGUUCAGACGAACAUCCAGGUGGUUCACAUGAACAUCCGGAUGGUUCAGACGAACAUCCAGGUGGUUCACAAGAACAUCCGGGUGGUUCACAUGAACAACAACAAGAACAUCCGGAGCAUCCAGGUGGUUCAGAAGAACAUCCGGAUGGUUUAGAAGAACAUCCAGGUGGUUCACAAGAACAUCCAGAUGGUUCACAAGAACAUUCGGGUGGUUCACAAGAGCAUCCGGGUGGUUCACAAGAGCAUCCGGGUGGUUCACAAGAGCAUUCGGGUGGUUCACAAGAGCAUCCGGAUGGUUCACAAGAGCAUCCGGAUGGUUCACAAGAACAUCCAGGUGGUUCACAUGAACAUCCAGAUGGUUCACAAGAACAUUCGGGUGGUUCACAAGAGCAUCCGGGUGGUUCACAAGAGCAUCCGGGUGGUUCACAAGAGCAUCCGGGUGGUUCACAAGAACAUCCAGGUGAUUCACAAGAACAUCCAGGUGGUUCACAAGAGCAUCCAGGUGGUUCACAAGAACAUCCAGGUGGUUCACAAGAGCAUCUGGGUGGUUCACAAGAGCAUCCGGGUGGUUCACAAGAACAUCCGGGUGAUUCACAAGAACAUCCAGGUGGUUCACAAGAACAUCCAGGUGGUUCACAAGAACAUCCGGGUGGUUCACAAGAGCAUCCGGGUGGUUCACAAGAACAUCCGGGUGGUUCACAAGAACAACAACAACAACUUCCGGGGGGUUCACAAGAACAUCCGGGUGGUUCACAAGAACAACAACAACACGAACAUCCGGGUGAUUCACAAGAACAUCCAGGUGGUUCACACGAACAUCCGGGUGGUUCACAAGAACAUCUGGGUGGUUCACAAGAACAUCCGGGUGGUUCACAAGAACAUCCGGGUGGUUCACUAGAACAACAACAACACGAACAUCCGGGUGAUUCACAAGAACAUCCGGGUGGUUCACACGAACAUCCGGGUGGUUCACAAGAACAUCCGGGUGAUUCACAAGAACAUCCGGGUGGUUCACAAGAACAUCCGGGUGGUUCACAAGAACAUCCGGGUGGUUCACAAGAACAUCCGGGUGGUUCACAAGAACAACAACAACACGAACAUCCAGGUGGUUCACAAGAACAUCCGGAUGGUUCAGACGAACAUCCAGGUGGUUCACAUGAACAUCCGGAUGGUUCAGACGAACAUCCAGGUGGUUCACAAGAACAUCCGGGUGGUUCACAUGAACAACAACAAGAACAUCCGGAGCAUCCAGGUGGUUCAGAAGAACAUCCGGAUGGUUUAGAAGAACAUCCAGGUGGUUCACAAGAACAUCCAGAUGGUUCACAAGAACAUUCGGGUGGUUCACAAGAGCAUCCGGGUGGUUCACAAGAGCAUCCGGGUGGUUCACAAGAGCAUUCGGGUGGUUCACAAGAGCAUCCGGAUGGUUCACAAGAGCAUCCGGAUGGUUCACAAGAACAUCCAGGUGGUUCACAUGAACAUCCAGAUGGUUCACAAGAACAUUCGGGUGGUUCACAAGAGCAUCCGGGUGGUUCACAAGAGCAUCCGGGUGGUUCACAAGAGCAUCCGGGUGGUUCACAAGAGCAUCCGGAUGGUUCACAAGAACAUCCGGGUGGUUCACAAGAACAACAACAACAAGAACAUCCAGGUGGUUCACAAGAACAACAACAACAAGAACAUUCGGGUGCUUCACAAGAACAACAACAACAACAAGAACAUCCAGGUGCUUCACAAGAACAACAACAACAACAAGAACAUCCAGGUGCUUCACAAGAACAACAACAACAACAACAAGAACAUCCAGGUGCUUCACAAGAACAACAACAACAACAAGAACAUCCAGGUGCUUCACAAGAACAACAACAACAACAAGAACAUCCAGGUGCUUCACAAGAACAACAACAACAACAAGAACAUCCAUGUGCUUCACAAGAACAACAAGAACAUCCAGGUGCUUCACAAAAACAACAACAACAACACCGGGUGGUUCACAUGAACAACAACAAGAACAACAACAACACCGGAGGAACAAUUUUAUUGGCAUGUCGAUGGGUUGCAGGUUUGUCUGGGGAAGGACUUGUUGAGAACUUCGUAGCCAGCAGUGAGGGAGUAGUUGAUGAGUCUCCAAGUGUGUGGAAGGUACUGAGCUCUGUGGAAGAGCAGCCAUAA